GUGACAUCUCUAUUUCCCUUAUUCACGUGGUGCGGGCGGGAAGUGACGCACGGCGCCCGGGAGCUGCGGACUCGGAGCCCGACGGAGCCGGAGUCGCGGACGCCGCGGGGUCUCGGCGACAGGAGACCCCCAGUACUUCGAUCUGAUUCUGCAGGCGAGCUUUGCUGGGGCCCCGGCCCCAUCCUGCCAGCAGCAUGGCAGCCACGUUGGACCUGAAGUCCAAGGAGGAGAAGGAUGCUGAGUUGGACAAGAGGAUUGAGGCUCUGAGGCGGAAGAAUGAGGCCCUCAUCCGGCGCUACCAGGAGAUCGAGGAGGACCGGAAGAAGGCAGAGCUCGAGGGGGUGGCCGUGACGGCGCCCCGGAAGGGCCGUUCCCUGGAGAAGGAGAAUGUCGAGGUGGAGCUGGAGAAGAACCUGGGUCCCACCCGGAGGGCUCCUGGCACCUCUCGGCCCCCGGGAGCACCCAAGGGAGGCCGGCCCCCUCCUCAGCAGCAGGGAGGCCGGGCAGGUGCGGGCCGUGCCCCCCGCAACUGGGAGGACAGUUCCAGGGACCAUGCUCGGGGGACUGGAGGUCGUGGCCGGAGGGGCCGCGGCCGGGGCGCCCCACAUCUCUCGGGGACCGGAGACACUUCUAGUUUCGACCGCAAAUCCAAGGAGUGGGAGGAGCGGCGCCGGCAGAACAUCGAGAAGAUGAACGAGGAGAUGGAGAAGAUCGCCGAGUAUGAGCGCAACCAACGGGAAGGCGUGCUGGAGCCCAACCCCGUGCGGAACUUCCUGGACGACCCGCGGCGGCGCGGUGGGCCCCUGGAGGAGCCGGAGCGGGACCGGCGGGAGGGCAGCCGGCGACACGGGCGCAACUGGGGCGGCCCCGACUUUGAGCGGGUGCGCUCUGGCCUGGAGCAGGAGCGGCAGGGCCGCCGUGCGGGCCAGAGCGGGUCCGGGGACAUGACGCUGUCCAUGACGGGCCGCGAGCGCUCCGAGUACUUGCGCUGGAAGCAGGAGCGGGACAAAAUCGACCAGGAGCGGCUGCAGCGGCACCGCAAGCCCACGGGCCAGUGGCGGCGUGAGUGGGACGCAGAGAAGACCGAGGGGAUGUUCAAGGAUGGCCCCGUCGCGACCCUCGAACCCCCCCACCGGUUUGAUGACCACUCCUGGACUCGGCCUCCCAAGCCUCCCACUUUCGGGGAGUUCCUGUCCCAGCACAAGGCUGAGGUCAGCCGCAGGAGGAGGAGGCCCAGUCGCCCCCCUGCCAAGGCGGCCCCCCGCACCUACAGUGACCAUGAUGAUCGGUGGGAGAUGAGGGAGGCCACGUCCCCGGCCCCCAAGACGCUGCAGCCUGUGCCCCCCACAGAGACAACUGCUCAGCCUCCCGGGACCCCCAGCCCUGCCCAUCGGCCUCCCGAGGAUGACGGGGAGGAGGAGGUGGGCGAGGAGGAGGACGAGGAUGAGGACUGGGAGGACGUGAGUGAUGAGGAAGAGGAUGCCGAGGAAGAGGAAGAGGAGGAGGAGGAAGAGGAAGAAGAGGAAGAAGCUGAGGAGGAGGAGGAGGAGGGAGAGGCAGCCGGAGACAACCCCUCCCAAGAGGCUGAGCCCCCUGGAACGCCAGGCAGAGAGCAGGCCGACGCGGAGCCUGCCACACCCCAGGAGCCAGCGCCACUUCUGGCAUCGCCCCAAGCCCCGACCUCACCCCCCAGACCCUUCUCACCCCCCGGGGGCCACCAGCCCGUGUCCGACUGGGGUGAAGAGAUGGAGCUGAAUUCUCCGCGGAGCACCCACCCGCCUGGCGCCCCCUCCCAGGGAGGAGACCAGCCAGCCCCUGCCUCCCUGGAGAGCGGGCAGAGCCACCCAGGAACCCCGAAAGCCGAAGAGGAGGGGUCUGAGGCCGCUCCAGAGGCAGGCCCUGAGGGCCGGGAGACCGCAGAGAUCACCGACUUCCAGAGGGUGCGUUUCUGCAAGGUGGUGGCGGUUGCCCCGCCCCCGGGGGCCGCCCGCUGACCGGGGCCGCCGCAGGGGGCCUCUGCACCACUGCACUAACCGCCUGCUUCCGCCACCCUGCGGCCAGGAGAGGGUUGAACGAGAGGGCUAGAGCGGGGGAGCGGGGCUGGCCCUGGGCCGUCACCCGGGCCGCCUGCCGGGAGCGCUGUGGCAGCCGAACGCUGAGACGGCGCAGGCCCCCGGAGAGUGGGUGCCGGUGUCCGGCCGCGCCCGCUGCCGCGCCAGCCACUCGUGGCCAGACUCGGCGUCUUGAUUAAACGCUGUGCUUCCGCUGA